AACUUUAUUUUCGUCUCCUAGCGGGCGGCUCCCCUCCUGGAACUGGUUUGCCUCAGUGGGACCUGCUGCGUCCUCUAUCGCCACUUUCCUCCCGUCCUGUUGAGGACUGUGAAAUUGGCAGCUCUGUCUGGUUGAAGAGCUGAUGGCGUCUGCCUCAGGAGCUCUGGGUGCUGAGCUGCUGCAGCCAGGUUCUGGUAGCCGCCUGCCCCCCUGCUCGCUCACUGAUGAAGACCUGGCUGCCUAUCCUGGUUUGGCUAAUCUCCUUAUGAGCUUGACGAAACAUAUGGACUCAAGUGGGCUCAGUACCAACUUGGCACAACAGCUAGAGGAGGCAAGGAAACAAUUACAUCUCUCCCGAGCAAACUGGCUGAAGUGGGAGGCUCUACACCGGGUUCUUCAGGAGGCCCUGAGGGACUUUGGGUCUGGACUCGCUGCACAGGAGAAAAAAUUUUUAGAAGUCUUGGAGCAGCAGCUUUUGGUAGGUGAGCUGAGGCGAAUCCUUGACUUUGGCCCUUCUGCGCAAGCUGUGCAGCCGUCCCUCCUAGGUUUGGUGCCCUCUGACCUCUCGGAGCUUCUUCCCCCUAAUCAAGAGCUGGAGGAGAUGCAGAAGCGCCUUCCCGUGGAGUUGGAGAAGCGUCUUAAGCACAAGUGCUCGGCUAUGCUGAGUUACUUCUGUCCAGAGAGUGAUGGUGCUGGACAGAUUCCUCGGGCAACUAUGAUGGGGUCCCUGGCGGAAAGUUUAGCUGCAGAAAAACAGCGCCUGCAGGAGGCCCGUGAUCGGGACCGAGAGCUCAUGGGGUUGCUGGAACAGCAGAAGGCUGCCUAUCCUCAGGUCCUGUUACGCUGCUUAGUCCUACUAAAACGCUUUGCCCGUGAAUAUCGUCUUGGUGCUCAGUCCGAACUUGACUCCCUCAAUACCCAGUACCUGGAAAUCAAAUGCAGUGCCAUGUUCCUCAAGAUACGACUUGAAGAAUUGAGCGUUCUCUUGGAAACCUAUGUACCUGAGAAGGUGGAUGUACACCAGGUGAUGAGGGACAGACUGCAGGCAGCCAUACGCCAAGAAGAGCAAGAUUUAGCUGCUUCCCGCAAGAUGCUCUCAAGCUAUGAGAUUCUGGGCCCAGAGUUUGAGGAACUGGUGAAGGAGUAUGCCCGGCUGCAAGCCAUCAUUGAGAACAGGCGCUGGGUGCUGACGGAAUUCAACAAAGACUGAGAUUUCACACGAAGCGUGGGAAGGGCCUCGUUUGGAAUGUUGACCGGUGGAUGCAUAGUGGCUACUUUAUAAAAAAAUACUUGCAGGAGAAAUGCGAAGGAAACGAGUUAACAUCUUGUG